AUGAAAUCGACUGAUUCUAAUUCCGAUGAUGAACCAGAUCCUGACUAUAUUCUUUCUCCAGAUGAUCUUCUAUUAACACGUGAAUGUGUUGUUUGUAUGAGAGCCAAUUCUCUUGAUCAAUUUGAAAAAUCUUACAGUAAUGAAUGCCAACAUGUCCAACGUACUGUUUGUAAUAGAUGCGUGUAUCAGCAUAUAAAACAUGUACUGAAAGGUGAAUCAAGAAAUAAUGUCUCUUGUCCUGAGCCUAAUUGUCCAGUCCAUUUUACUUAUGCAACAAUUCGUUCGAUUCUUUUAUCUCAUGGUGCGACAGACUUAUUUCAUAAGUAUGACGAUCAAUUGGCACGACAAUCUUUAGAACAAAAUCCUAAUUAUUUUGUAUGUCCAUAUUCGGACUGUCGUUUGGGUCAAUUUCAAGAUAUGACUAGAAAUACAACAGCAUGCAUUACUUGUGUUUACUGUCAACGGAUGAUCUGUUCGUUUCAUCGAACAGUAUGGCAUACAGAUAUGACUUGUGAUAAAUAUGAUCAAUGUCAAACUUCGGCAAAUCAUUCAACAAAAUUGUGGUUAAAACGACAUACUAAAUUGUGUCCGAAAUGUCGACGUCCAAUCGAGAAAAUAUUGGGAUGUGAUCAUAUAACAUGUAUAUGUCGAUAUGAAUUUUGUUGGGAAUGUCUCGCUAAUUUUCAACGAAUAAAACAGCAUGGACUUCAUCAUCAUCGAAUAACAUGUAGUCAUUAUUCUAUUAGAAACGUUGUAUGUACUCUUUUGUAA